AUGACACUCCCGGUGGACGCGGACGCCACGCCACCCGCGGUGCACUUCGAGCUGCACACCCGCAAACUCGGCGAGGAUGACGCGUGCCUGCAGUGGCUCAGGCGCCGCUACUCCCAUGCAGCGGCGGAUGCGGACUUGCUUUUGGCACGGAUAGAGAAUGACUUGUCCGCCUGCGCCACGCACCGUUGGGCGCAAUUCUCGCGACGUUCGCCGGUCUACGAGGCAACCCCGCCGCGGACGGACAACCCCCAAUCCAACACGACGGCGGUGCGCAUGGAGGAGGGCAAAGCGACCGGGCGGCACGGUGACGUCACCGUGAGCGUGCAGGACGCCCGUCCGAGGCCGGCUUCGGGGCUGCAGGAGGAGGAGCAGAUGCGGCUGGAGCCCUCGCGCCAUAUCUUCACAGAGGCGGCGCGCAAAAGAGCCCAAACCCAGCUUUCGAAGGCAGUUGCGGCGGCCGGUAGACCGUCUGAGACGACGAGUGCGCCUCGCCCCUUUUUUGGUGGCUACUUCCUCCCACCGCACUCUGCCGGCCCGACAUCUUUUCUGGUCUUUCCGCAGUGGAUGCACGACGCCCGCGUGGGUGCCGCGCGGCCGCAGGAGUUGCCGUACUUCCUCCGAGGCACCAUUGGCCGAAGCCCCAGCCGCAUGGGCGACGACAACACGGCGAGGAUCGAAGGAAGCCGAGGACCGCUGCAGGAACUGCUGACAAGCAUUAUUUGCAAUGCGUCGUUUUCCCGCAAGUUUGCUGCCACCACGCCGCGGUGGCCCCUUUUCGACGGCGUCGACGCCGUGCGAGUGGACGUGUACGCCAACAAUGCGACCGCGGAGCGUCUCAGUACCCCUCUCGCCGACGCCCAGCCGGAGCGCAAAGCGAAGCCGCGCACCCUCAACUUUUGCGACAGCGGCGCGCGCGCCUCGUUCUUUUUCCAGAACCCCCGAUACUCACUCACGUUGGGCACUUCCUACCGCGUGGCGCAGCUUCCAUCGCAAGCAUCGGCGAAGGGGCCGGCCAUCGCCUCCUUGGUACUUUUAGACGGUUACGACAGUGCGGUGCAGCGCUUUACCGCGCCGCGGCUGCAUCGCUGGUUUCCUAGCGCAACUUACCAUCUGCAGUGGUCUGCGGGACCGGGUGUGGAGUACGCCAGCGCGGGCAAGCCAUGGACGGUCUUUGGCAAGCUGAACACAGAGUGGUGGGUGGAGUGGCCCCUCUUUAAGCGCGUCCUCGUUUGCAUCCGUAAUCAGUCCGCACUUGUGCGGCCACUCCCUUUACAGCGCUCGAAGGAAGUCGCCGUGGUGAGUGACGGCAGCCAUACUGCAGCUGCCUCGCCUCACGGCAGCGGUGGUGAAACACACAGCCUGUUUUGGGCGACGCAGGGGCCGAGGUGGGACGCGAAUCUUGUGCGCGGCUUCAAGGACGACUACGCCGCGAUGCACUACGCCUCACGCUGGUACACGCUCGUUUCUGCGGAGCUGGCCUCCAGUACGCGUCGACGGGAGCGGGGCUCGAAGGGGUGGAAAGCCCCCACCUGGAUGCUCUACGCGAAUGCCUGCUUCGUGGACUCGCUCACCGCACCGCCGCGGGCGUCUGUUGGCUUCGCCUUUUCCGGAACCCCGCGCGGCACCACUGACGCGUUUAAUGUCCUCACCCCAUUCUCCUUCGACUGCAGCUUUAACUGGCGGCUGGACUUCAGUCAGGGGCGGCCCGCGCUGGUGUCAGGCGUUGCCCCCGGCCAACGAGCCGAGUCAUCGGUGCUGCGGCUCUCCCACGUCGAAACCUUCCGUCAUUUUCGCUGCGGAUUGACGUGGAGGGCGUGA